AUGGGGGACACCAACAUCAGCCACAUGGCUGCAGCUUAUACAGAGAUGCAGGAGAGUCUCCCGGCAGGAAAGUUGGAUCAUUACAUGGACAACUAUGAUAUGGACUAUGGCAUCCCUCCUGAUGAAAUCCCAGACACCACGCAAGGCCAGGCCUUCUUUGUGGCCACCAUCGUUAUCGGCGUGGUCCUUGUCUGUAUCAUGCUUGUCUGUGGUUUGGGAAACUUCAUAUUCAUUGCCACACUGACACGCUACAAAAAGCUCCGCAACCUCACCAACCUGCUUAUUGCUAACCUGGCUAUCUCAGACUUCAUUGUGGCAGUGGUGUGCUGCCCGUUCCUCGUGGACUACUAUGUGGUUAAACAGCUUUCCUGGAAUCAUGGACUGGUGCUGUGCGCCUCUGUCAACUAUCUCCGGACUGUGUCACUCUACGUGUCCACAAACGCACUGCUUGCCAUUGCAGUUGACAGGUACAUGGCGAUAGUCCAUCCCCUCAGGCCUCGUAUGAAGUACCAAACCGCCUACUGCCUGAUAACAGGAGUUUGGAUUGUUCCCAUUCUGAUAUCAGUUCCCUCUGCCUACUUUGCCUCUGAGACCAUGUACCCUCAGGGCGGCACCACCCCAACCACUCACAAAGUUUUCUGUGCCCAGAUCUGGCCUGUGGACCAGCAGGCCUACUACCGGUCCUACUUCUUGUUUGUUUUUGCCGUGGAGUUUGUUGGGCCUGUGAUCGUCAUGGCGAUGUGUUACACCCAAAUCUCCCGCGAGCUCUGGUUCAAGAAUGUCCCAGGUUUCCAGACGGAGCAGAUUAGGAAGAGGCUGCGUUGUCGCCGCAAGACAGUGAUGGUCCUGAUCGGGAUCUUGACAGCUUACAUCCUGUGCUGGGCGCCAUAUUACGGCUUCACCAUCCUGCGAGACUUCCAUCCAACACUCAUCUCCCGCCAGAAGAACUCACUGGUGGCCUUCUACAUCAUUGAGUGCAUUGCCAUGAGCAACAGCAUGAUAAAUACCUUCUGUUUUGUCAGCGUCAAGAACAACACGGUUAAGCACUUGAAGAAAAUUGUACUUCUGCGCUGGAGAUCGACAUAUGCCCCCAGUAAGACUGUGGAUGAGAUGGAUAUGAGGACCUCCUCCAUGCCUGUAACAGAGGAGAUCGAAUGUAUUCACCUGAGGUGA